ACCAAGAGCUACAAUGCGAGAGUACAGAACAAGAUACGCAAGAGCCGCAGUGAUGAUCAGAUCCCUCACAUUCCUGGUGAUCCUGGUUGGUGGUCGCGCCUCUGCUGCCGGUUAUGGGGCUCAGCAACAGGCGUGUGUAAUCACCACCACUGCAGUUGUAGAGGCUCCCCGCUAUGUAACCCAGACUCUGACCAAGCCUGUCUACGUCACAGAUUACCAGACACAGUACCAGACACAGUAUCAAACCCAGUACCAGACCCAGUAUGUUACGAAAGUAGAGGAGGUACCCGUGUAUCAUACCAAGACAGUGCCCCAGUACUAUACCAAGACGCAGCAAGUGGCAAACUAUAUUACACAGACAGUUCCCAGCUACAUUACCAAAACUGUCAAGCAGCCUUAUUACGUCACUAUUCCUUGCAAAAUAACAGCUGGAAACUCUGGAGGCUAUGGGAAAAGGCGUUAAAAGAACUACUAUACUCGUAUACUCAUUUUUCUCUAUCGACGCGAUGAUGCAUUUGUGAAGUUGGCGACGACUGUCUGAAUCCGACGUGUCCGAAUAAUGACGCUUUUCAAUCAAUCUCCCUAACCAUUAUGCAAUAAUCAACAAACUGUCAACUCUCAUCAACCAUUACCAGCUUGUCAAGGGCACUUACAUCUUAAAUUUUUUUUUUUACUGAUUAUAUAAUUUUUACAAGGAGAAAAAAUAUACGAACUGAAUCUACAAACAUUUAUUUUUUUCAUAUAGUCAUAAAUGAUGAAAUAUUCACCAUGUCAACUCUAAUAUCAAAGCAUUUGAUUUAUUCCAUUGUUUUUCU